AUGCAUACUUCAGUAAAGUGGUCGGAAAUGACGGCCGGCGGGUCCUCUAACCCUACCCCAAUUUACAGUAUCUGUUAUAAUCCAGUCGCAGAUGCUGUUGUGGUUGCCUGUGGAGUUCGGGUUUUGGCCUACGAUGCCAGCACAGGAUCUAUUAUACAUUCCCUUAAAGGGCAUACUGACACGGUGUACUGUGUUAGUUGUUCCCAUGACGGCAAGACCCUGGCCAGUGGAGGGGCGGACAAGACUGUUAUUCUCUGGAAUAACAAGUGGGAGGGUGUGUUAAAGUAUCAGCACAAGGAAUCUGUGCAGGCCUUGGCGUACAAUCCCUCAACUGGGCAGCUUGUUUCUGUAGCAAGCUCCGACUAUGGGGUUUGGUCCCCCGAUCAGGUUAAGGUAGGGAAAAAUGCUCUGCCUUCCAAAGGACUUUGUGUCGCGUGGUCCCGAGAUGGGCAUUUGUUGGCCAUCGGACUUUUUGACGGUACUGUCCUCUUGGUUUCUCCUUCUAGCUCGGAGAAAGUGGUGAUUCAACGGAAUGCCCCUGUUUGGACACUCACUUUUUCACCUACAGCCGAAAAUGGUUUGGAUGUACUCGUUGUAGGAUCGUGGGAUCGACGACUCUCUUUUUAUAAUACCCAGGGAAAACCCAUAAGCAAAGAGAAGGAACUUCCGUGUGACCCUUGCUGUGUCUCCCUUUAUGAAAACGGUGCUUUCUUGCUUGUCAGCGGAAGUGACCACAAGGUGACACUCUACACUAAGGACGGCAACAUGCUUGUUGACGUGGUCAAUGCCGAUGACUGGGUAUGGUCGGCUUAUCAGCGUCCAGGCAGCCCGCAAAUUUGCUGUGGAACAAAUGACGGUAAGCUCAGUGUCAUUGAAAUUGCUGUACCGGCUGUACACAGCAUCUACCACGAUCAGUAUGUUUAUCGUGACAAUAUAACCGACAUUGUUGUCCAUCAGCUAACACUGGAUAAAAAAAUACGUAUUCCUUGUCAUGACUAUGUUCGCAAGCUGGCGAUGUACAGAGAUCAUCUUGCCGUACAGCUUCAAGACAGAAUUGUUGUGUUUGAACUUUACUACGAUGAGGAACGACAACUACGGUUUCAAGAUAUUGCACACAUUGGAAAAAAAGUAGAAUGUAAUCUUCUCUGUGUCACUUUUAACGCCGUUCUCUUAUGCGUUGAGCGGCGGCUAACCAUGUAUGACUUUCAGGGCAAUAAGCGCAGAGAGUGGGCCUUUGAAGCCUCUAUUCGCUAUGUCAAAGUAAUUGGUGGUGCAGAAGGAAGGGAAGCUCUUCUAGUUGGCCUAAAAAAUGGUGCAGCGUUACGCGUUUCCAUUGACAAUCCUUUUCCUACAACCUUGGUGAAUGUCAACGGCUCCAUUCGCUGCCUGGACAUUAGCUGCAUGCGCGGAAAGCUGGCUGUGGUUGACGAUAAUGAAUUACUGCAAGUAUUUGAUCUUCGAAAUCAAAACGAGGUGUUGUUUACAGAAACUGGCGUGCUUGCUGUUGUAUGGAACACAGAAUAUGACGACAUGAUCACCUACACCACAUCAGGAAACAUGUUGAAUAUUAAAACUGGUUUCCUCCCUCCCUAUCAGCAAAAAAUGCCAGGAUUUGUUGUGGGCUUCAAGGCUAAUCGUGUUCUCAAUCUUAAUUCCACAGUGAUUGACGUGGUGGAUGUCCUGCACUCCCAUGCUCUCCAUCGCUACGUGGAGAAGAAGGACUUGGAUUCUGCUUAUCGUAUUGCAUGCCUCGGCGUCACGGAGGACGAUUGGAAGAUGCUUGGGAUGCAUGCCAUGACACAAUUAAGGUUGGACAUUGCACGGAUGGCAUUUAUUCGCAUUCGUGAAGUGAAGUUUGUUGAACUUCUUAGCCGGUUAGAGUUGGAGCGGCGUCAGGGCACUGAAAAAGAGAAUUCCGAAAAUGACGCUCUUCUUAUGGGAGAUAUUAUGGCAUAUCAAGGUAAGUAUCAGGAGGCGGCGAGGUACUUUCUGAAGGCGGGGCAAGAGAAUAAAGCCAUUGAAAUGUUCUGCGACUUAAAAAGGUGGAAGGAAGCGAAAAAAAUUUGCAGUAACGAAAAAUACUUGAAGGAGUUAAUUUUUCAACAGGCUCGGUGGGCGGAGGAUUUGCAGAAUUACAUUGAGGCCGCCUCCUUGUAUCAAGCCUGUGGAAAUGCAGGAAAAUCAAUUGCUAUGCUGCGUUCAGCGGGGCAGGUUGAUAGAUUAAUGGAAAUGUGUAGGUCCUUGCCUCGCUCAGAAGUGGCUCUUAUCAUGGAGUGUGCUGAAUUCUUCAAGAAGCAUGACGCAAAACUGUACGCCUUGGAAGCAUACGAAAAAGUGGGCGAUAUUCGUUCCGUUAUUGCUCUCUAUGUGGAGAUGCAUGAAUGGAGGCAAGCGUUUGCCUUUCUUGAACGUUAUCCUUCCUACAUCCGUGAGGUGUAUGUCCCGUGGGCGACGUGGUUGGCCGACAAUGGCAAAUUUGAGGAGGCUCUUGAGGUGUAUCGUCUAGCCAAAUGGCCGAGGGAGGCAGUUCGUGUGAUGGAAGCACUUGCAGCUAAUAGUGUGGUAUGCCGCAAGUUUCGUGAUGCUGCCUUUUACUAUAUGCAUCUUGCCAGAGAGUAUGGGGUCUUAGAGGAUGAGCAACAACUUACAGAGGCACAGUGGGCAAAUCGAAUAAGACUUAGCGCGGAAUGUGUACGUCGUGCCGAUAUUUACUAUGCUUAUCACUUUGUCUAUACAUAUUCAAUGCAACCGUUUCCAUACAACGAGGUAGCACUCUUUAAUAUAUCCAAGUAUGUCGUGUCGAUGCUGAGCGGCGCUGUUGUUCCAUUGAAUGUGGGGAAAGGUGAAGUUCUCUACACACUCGCGCGCGUUGCAAAUCAACUUAAUAUGACUCCAAUAUCACGUGUGGCGCUUGAACAGCUUCAGUCAGUGGUUCUUCCUAUAAAAGUCACUGAGCAGGUUGAUGUGGAUAGUCUUUUGAUACGCGGCAAAGUCUACACUGGCAAGGAAGAACUUCAAGAUGUAUGCUUCCGUUGCAGGCAAACCGUGCCGCAGCUCACGGAUCCGGGUGAUCGGUGCCCAAACUGUGCCCAUCCUUUUGUGCGCUCCUUUGUGAAUUUUAAUACUCUUCCCCUUGUGGAGUUUGUCCUGUCAAACGAGCUCAGUGAUGCUGAGGCCGAGCGCAUUAUUUUGGCUGGUUCAGGACGCAAGUCUGCGGAAGCAAACAACGAGAACGGGCAUGGCAAUGAUAGUGAGUGGAAAGCGGACACGGGCGCAGAUGUGAUUACGUUUGCUGACGAAGAAGACAAUAUAGACGCCAUGAUAGAUCAGCAAAUGACUGCCAUGGGACGCGCGUCUGCGACUGGACAAGAUCCGUUUCGGGUGCAAUUGGCCCAUUUCACACGACCUAACAGACCAAAUACCGAGUAUCAACCGUUUGUUGCGAACGCUGAGAUGCUUCGUCGAAUGCGUCGUGAUGAGGUGUUUAUUGUGAGGGCCGGGUUUGGAACGCUUCCGGUGCGACACAAAUAUUACCGUGUGAUGAACCGUAGUGUGGGCAUUGUUCUUUGCCCGGGGUGUCAGCACUUCUUCACGGAUGACGAAUACGAGUAUGAAUGUAUGAAGGGUAGUGGGUGCCCACUGUGCCGUCAUAAAAUGGGACGGCAAUCGCAGCGUUCAGUGAAGCGGAUUCUUCACGAUGUUCUUGGCGAUGAACAGUAG